CAUUCGACAUUCAGAGGAAGGGAGAAGCCCUAAGAGUCGAUUUUGCGGCCAUACCGGUUGCCAUGGGCAGCACCUGGCCGCCAUGAUCUUCAUACAUAGCCUGUCUAGACCAUCGCGAAUGAACAAGCCAAGUACGGUGUGCCCGCAAGUGCGUCUUCGAGACAAGGCUUGCGUGCCCCAACUCCUUCCUUCCCGUUGUGUCAAAAUUCGUGAGGUCCUCUUGACCCUUCCCCUCCUUCUAUACCCUUCUAUACCCCUUCUUCACACCCAUCAGCACAUCCUCUAAAAGUACACAGACUGGGGUGCCUGGGUGGCUCAGCUGGGUGAGCACAACUUCAGCUCAGGUCACGAUCUCACGGCUUGUGAGGUCGAGCCCUGCAUCGGGCUCUCUGCUGUCAGCGCAGAGCCCACUUCGGAUCCUCUGUCUCCCUCUCUCUCUGCCUCUCCCCCCACUCACACUCUCUCUCAAACAUGAAUCAACAUUUAAAAAAUUAAAUAAAAAUAAAAGUACCCAGACUUCAGGCACUUAUCAUCCCUUAGCUACCGCCCUGGUCUAAACUGCACUGUUGACUAGCACCGGGCUCAUUGCAGUGGCCUCCUAAUUAUCUCCCUGCUUUGGCCCUUGCCCUCCUUCCAUCUGCUCCCAACAAAUGGCCUGGAGAGAUCCUGUUAAAAUGCAAGUCACAUCACUUCCCUUCUCAAACCCUCCAUGAUUCCUCAUCUCAGAGUAAAAAUUAAAGGCAUUACAGUGGCCUACAAGUUCCUGCCCGUCCCAUUCCACCCCCUUCCAUUACUUCCACUUAUGUUCAGUGCAUCUCUGGUAUGACCGUGUAAUUUCUCAUCCAAACCAGAAAAGAGGCACUGUUGGUAAUUAUGUCCAGGCAAUAAACACACACCAACACAAUCCUGGGCAAACCAGACAUAUGCCCACUCUACUCAUCUCCCCUCUCCUCUGUGCAUGCUGAGCCAGCCACAUGGCCUUCCUACCAUUCCCGAAACACCCAGGCCCUCUCCUGCCUCAGGACCUUUGUACUUACUCUACCCUCUGCUUUAAGUUUCGCACCCAAGACAUAGAUGAGGCGUGCUCCCUCAUCCCGUUCAGCCCUUUACCCAGGUGUCACUUUCUCAGUGAGGCUCUCUCUGACCACCCACUCUAGAAUUGCAACCCCCCCAGGGUGCCUGGGUGGCUCAGUUGGUUAAGCAUCUGACUCUUGAUUUCAGCUCAGGUCAUGAUCCCACAAUUUGUCAGUUUGAGCCCCAUAUCGGCUCUGUGCUGACAACACAGAACCUGCUUGGGAUUCUCUCUCUCCCCCUCUCUUUCGCCCCCACUCACGCAUGCACACUCUCUCAAAAUAAAUAAACAUUUUUUUAAACUUAUUAAAAAAAAAAAAAAAAAGAAUUGCAACCCUCCCCCCAGCCAGCCCUUCCCAUUCCCCUUUACUGCAUCACUUUUCUCUAUAGUACUUAUUACCAACAAUACAUACUUGAUAUAUUUAUUAUCUGUCUCCUCGCUAGACUGUAGUCCCAUGAGGGCAGAGAUUGUAGUAUGUUUCUACCCUAAUGUAUUCCCAGCAGGCGGAACAGUGCCUAGUAUAUCUUAGAUGCCCAAUAGAUAUAUUUUAAUAGACAGAUAUUAUUGAAUAAAUGAUUUUUUUUAAGUUUACUUUUGUACUCCCUUCCAAAUAGGCGCAAUCCACACACCCUUCCUGUACAGGAAUUCUGAGCAGGGAGCACUGGGGCCCGGGAAGAGCCACUCUUCACUCCCGCCCUGGGUUGGGCCACACCUGCAUCCUGGGACUGCAUCCUUAUUGGCUGGGCAGCCUCCAUUGUGAGGUAGCUCUGGCCUCCUCCUCGCAGAGGUAGACGGGCGCGGAGCCUGGCCCCACAUCCAGGCACCUGCAGUCCUGUGCCUUCCUCCUCCCGGGCACACUGUUCACUUUGCCCUAUAGCGUUAAGGGCUGAACUGGGAGGGACCGGAAGCCCGGAGGAGUCCUGGCGUGUGGCCGACCGAUCGUGAAGGGCACUGAGGGUCAUGCCGAGAUGAGACUCUCAUAAGUGCCCCCAAAGCCAGAUGUCACUGCUUGGAAGGGACUUCCACAGCUCCUUGGAUGAUGGGUCCAAGUCACUUUUGGAGAGGAAGAGCAAUGUCACUGCAGAGAACGUCCAUCCUGCUGAGGAAGCCAGCGGCUUAUCGAGAAUGCAAACUUUGAUCCAUUUACUGAAAUGCAACAUUGGCACAGGACUCCUGGGGCUUCCCCUGGCCAUGAAAAAUGCCGGCUUAUUGGUGGGUCCCAUCAGCCUGCUGGGCAUUGGGGUCCUCACCGUGCACUGCAUGGUCAUCCUGUUGAACUGCGCCCAUCACCUCAGUCAGAGAUGGCAAAAGACUUUUGUGAACUAUGGAGAGGCCAUGAUGUACAGCCUAGAAACCUGCCCAAAUGCCUGGCUGAGGACCCACUCGGUGUGGGGCAGGUACACUGUCAGCUUCUUACUAAUCACCACCCAACUGGGAUUCUGCAGUGUUUAUUUUAUGUUUAUGGCAGACAAUUUACAACAGAUGGUGGAAGAAGCCCACAUGACGUCCAACAACUGCCAACCCAGGAAGUUCCUGGUGCUGGCCCCGAUCCUGGACAUCCGCUUCUACAUGCUGACAAUCCUGCCCUUCCUGAUGCUGUUGGUGUUUAUCCAGAACCUCAAGCUGCUGUCCAUCUUCUCAUCACUGGCCAACAUCACCACGCUGGGGAGCAUGGCUCUGAUCUUUGAGUAUAUCGUUCAGGAGAUUCCAGAUCCCAGCAACCUCCCCUUGAUGGCAAGCUGGAAGACCUUCCUGCUGUUCUUUGGUACAGCCAUCUUCACAUUUGAAGGUGUUGGUAUGGUCUUGCCUCUCAAAAAUCAGAUGAGGGAUCCACAGCAGUUUCCUUUUGUUCUGUACUUGGGGAUGUCCCUUGUCAUCACCCUCUACAUCUGCCUGGGGACACUGGGAUACAUGAAGUUUGGGUCAAGCACCCAAGCCAGCAUCACCCUCAACUUGCCCAACUGCUGGCCGUACCAGUCGGUCAAGCUGCUCUACUCCAUUGGCAUCUUCUUCACCUACGCCCUCCAGUUCCACGUCCCGGCCGACAUCAUCCUCCCCUUCGCCGUCUCCCAGGUGUCAGAGAGGUGGACGCUGUUUGUAGACCUGUCUGUCCGCAUAGCCUUGGUCUGUCUGACCUGUGUCUCAGCCAUCCUCGUCCCCCGCCUGGACCUGGUCGUCUCCUUUGUGGGCUCCGUGAGCAGCAGCGCCCUGGCCCUCAUCAUCCCGCCCCUCCUGGAGCUCAUCACCUUUUAUCCUGAAGACAUGAGCCGUGUCACCAUUGCAAAGGACAUCAUGAUCAGCAUCCUGGGCCUUUUGGGGAGAAAUGGACCUGACACAAGUCAGUACUCAUACCCCUCAGGGUAUGCCUUUUUUGGUUUGGGAUUGCUUCGGAGGUCUUUUGUACCUACGAACCAAACCCUCAUUCGACCAUUUGUACCAUCAGCCUCAUUUACUGGGAAAAGGAAUGCCAUGCACUCAUGACAUUCCUGGAAACAGACAAAGCAGAGAUGGAAACGCAAAAGCAAUUGUUUUCUCUAAUCUGCAGUUGCUUGCCCUUAAGGCAUAAGAUUUAGAAAAGUGGACAUUGGGGGAAGGGGGAUUUUCUAUUCAAAUAUUUUUCUUUUUUUUAAACUUUGUUUAUUUUGAGGGGGAGAGAGAGAGAGAGAGAGAGAGAGAGAGAGAGAGAAUCUCAAGCAGGCUUGAUGCUGUCAGCGCUGAGCCCAACACGGGGCUCCAUCCCACGAACUGUGAGAUCAUUACCUGGGCCAAGAUCAAGAGCUGGAUGCUUAACCAACUGAGCCACCCAGGCUGGAUGUUGUUCUAAGUGGAAGAGUCACAGACAGAACAAAAACAGAACUUAGCACUAAUUUUACCCAACCAUUUGGCCCUGCCACUAAUUUCCAGUGGUAUCUUGGGCAAGUUCCCUCACUCACUCUCUCUGACACCGUUUUCCCAUCUAUGAAAUGAAGGACUAGACGGAUCUGUUGUUAAGGAUUCAUCUAGAUCUGACAUUCUGAAAGAGGAAAAAAAAUUAAUUUAUCUUUCAACCACGUGUGAAAAUCAAGGUGUUUGCCAUGAGCAAGACAUGCUAUUGCCCCGGAGAUACGUGCCUACCAGAAGUAGGGUAGGGAUACAAAUUUAUUUCUGAGCAAUCUGUCGUUAUGGUAACUUCCCUACGUAGAAGGACAUCACCUUUCUUUUUCUUCUCUGAUAUCUUAAGUCCACUUACAGCCAUUUAGGCUGAAGAGGCUGAACGAUUUGUGUGAAGGAGAAGGAUUUCAUCAUGUGCAAGGACUAUCGACCUACUUAAAAAAAAUACCUAGUUUGGGGAAGGGUUUUGAAAAAUAGACAAUCUUAUGCUCUGCAGAUGGGGGUAUACAUUGUUAUGGCUUUUCUAAAGGGCAAUUUUACGACACAUAAGUCUUCAAAUGUGUAGCCCUCUGACCCAUUAAACCUGGGAAUUUAUCCUAAGAAUAUUUUGUGUUUGCAAAACUUUAUGCAAAAGGAGAGCUUGUAUUUUGAUAACAGGAAAAAGUUGGAAACAAACAUCCAACGUUAGGUUAAAUUAUGAUUUAUCCCAAAUAAAAUGGUAUGAUGCCCCCAAACAUUACAAAAAUUCACCUAUUGAUAUGCAAAUAUAUUUGUGGUUGAUCAGUAGGGAAAAGCUGUUUUAUUAAAAAUAGUAUG